AACUUUCACCAGGUGAUCCUGCAUCAAGGCCUCUUUUCACUCUUUUGACGUAAAAUUGGUAUUAUCUUUAAUUAAAACUUGGUUGAAAGUACUUCUUUUAUAUUGAUGUCUUAGAUAUAUGGAGACGGCCAUGUUUAUGAGAGAUUUGGCUGCUUCAGGUUGUGAUUCUAAGAUGGGUGUUAGUGGAACCGAACCUAGAUCUCAGGAUAUUUGUUAUCUGGUGCUGCCGCUGAUGGUGCUGCUGCUGAUGGUGCUGCUGCUGAUGGUGCUGCUGCUGAUGGUGCUGGAUUCAAAUAUCAAGAGAAGUGCUAUUGCUGGAGGGAGUGAUACUUCUUCGUCGUGCCACUCGAUGUCGCGUCCUUCCAGUCCAUCCGAGUCGAUUAGCCCAAGUCUGCCGGUGACUCCUGCUAGUAGUUUUGGAACCGGUAGUCCUCGAGCCAGCUGUAUAACCAGCUGUUUGCCCGAUAGCGGAGAAUCUAAAGUGUUGCCUCCAAUCAGCUCUCCCCAGGAUGAGUAUUUGCAGUUUUUGGAGCCAAAUCCGGUGUAUCCUCCGGAGUAUGAUAGUUUACCGCCAGGAGGAUGUCCAAAGUAUCAAGUAUUAUCCAAGUUACCAAAUGAUUGUAAUAUCCCCAAUGUUGAACAGGAGCAACUCCCCCAGUAUGACCCUUCGGUGUAUAAGAUUGGGGUGGUUAGUCGGAAGAUUGAAUGGUUGACGCCAUACGAAGCGGCGCCAUCUCGUCUGUGGAAAUACUUGAUCAUGGAACUAAACUCAACUCAACUUAACUUUUAUCAAAUCCCCACCAAUUUGGAAAAUCACAUCUUGGCCUUCAGACCAACUCCGCUUAAUAAUGAACGUAACUUUAAUAAAUCCGAAUCAAUAGAAGUGGAUAAGUAUAAUUCGUAUCUUACUUCCGAUGACGAUUUGCAAUUUUUGAAAUUCUGCCAGCGCCUAGGUCUAUUAAACUGUCCGGUGACCAGUUUGAAUCAUAAUCAGGGUUACGAUGAUGAGUUCUACCAUUCGUUGGUUAAUAAUAAUAACCCAACCCCAAUCACUUCAAAAUCUCAUCAUCGUUAUAUCAAACAAAAUAAGCAUAAUCAUAAGAAAUUAUUAAGAUCCUACUCUUUACAGCAUUCCAGAAUUGGUUUGGCUACCGAUUACAAGAAAAGAGCCAAUGUUCUAAGACUUCGGAUUGAAAGUGAACAAUUACUUUUAAAUUUUUCCACGACAAGAGAUUUAAUUUACUGGAAUAUGGCUCUAAAUACCGGUAAAGACAUUUCUCUUGAUCUUAAUGAUCGUGAAGCUCCAAGAUACCGUACCGUUCCCCGUCGUAGAAGAUCAAAUCAUAAUCCAUCUUCUUCUCAAGAAAUUUCUUUUUAUCAAGAAGCUUUUGGUACAUCAAAUAGUUCUUUGAUUAACUUAACCAAUGACUUUGUUUCUCGUUCAAGAGCCCAAUCCGAUCCUUAUAGAUACAAUGAAUCAAAUAAAUUGAAAAAUAAACUAUCAAAAUUGAAAACUAAAUUAAACUCUUCCUCAAGAAGUAAUUCAAAUAUAAAUUUUUCCAAUGUUAAAUUCAUGACUGAUAUUACAAUUCAGCAAUAUAAAAAUAACAAUACAAAUCAUUUGGAAAUCCAAAAUCAAAUUGAAAUUGAAAGGAAGAGAGCCGCUACUUUACCAACAACCCCAAGCUUCUCAAUCACCGGGUAUAAUAGUGAUGGAGAUGAUAACGAUGAUAAUGACAAUGAUGACGAUGAACAAAAUGAUCCUAAUGAAUCAACAAGAACCUCUCACGAUGACGACGAAGACGAUAUCCAAAACUUGAGUGAUCUUCAUCGCUCCGAUGAUGAAGAUGAUGACGAGGAUGAAGAAGUGGAAAUUGAUGUCGAUGACGAUAUCGAUAACUUGGUCCCCAUUGCUUCUCAUCGUCGUUAUAUCUCCCGUUGUUCAUAUUCUUCUUCUUCUGAAUAUAAAUGGCAUCCUCCCGCUGAUAAACCUCCUCUGCAACGUCGUUUUUACAGAAAUUGCUUAAGGUGCAUCAAACCUCUCAAUUCUCAAGAUCCUUGGGUCACCCGGGCUUUGGUUAAACCAACAACCGUAUCACCUUUGAAUUUAUCAUACCUUAAGAAUUCUAAAUACUGUCCAAAUCAAUCAAAUUCAAAUUCUUUGACUAAUUUAUCCGAUGCUAAUAACAGUAAUACCAGUCUUGCAAGUUUGGUUUCCAAUAAUUCAUCAAUUCGUAAGAAAAAUAUCUUUUCCUUACCUGAUGCUUCAUUAUCAAGAAUUCCAAAUCAUUAUUUGAAAAAAUAUACCGUUGGUACUCAUGGCUUAAUUCCAACUACAAUAUAAAUAUAAAAAAAAGUAAAAAAAAAAC